GUGAAAAUAUCACGGGAGGUAAACAAAGCUGACUCUCAACUCUUUCAGAGCACGAAGAGGACAUCAAACCGGAAGCAAAACAAGGAGCAGAGAAUUCAAAACUUUGCCCUAAAAGGCCUGCAGCAGUGUGGAACAGCACUUCAACACAAACAGCUCGGUCUGGGAUUUGGGACUAGGCUUUGCAACGGUUUCAACGACGAUAUGGCUGCUGACGAAAUACUGAAAUAUGAUGAUGACGACGACAAUGAAAUUCUCAGGCCUGACGACCUGUCAGAAUAUUUGACCGCAGGGACCAAGAAGGCUCAUGACAGAGCAGAAAACUCUCCUUUUGCCAAAGACUUCCUCAGAGGAAGAAUAAAGAGGGAACUCUUUAAGCUGGGCACAGCUGCACUCUACUACGUCUACUCAGCUCUUGAGGAAGAAAUAGAGAGAAACAAGGACCACCCCAUGUUUGUGCCAGUGUAUUUCCCCUCUGAGCUGCACAGACAAGAAGCUUUGGCCAAGGACCUGGAGUAUCUGUACGGAUCAGACUGGAAGAACUUGAUCAGCUGUUCGGCAGCCACGAGGCCCUACGUGGAGCGCAUUCACCAUGUGGGUCAGCAUGAGCCAGAUCUACUAGUGGCCCACUCCUGGACCCGCUACAUGGGGGACCUAUCUGGGGGGCAGAUACUGAAGAAAGUGGCUCAGCGAGCCCUGAAACUGCCGCCAACUGGAGAGGGCAUCCACUUUUACCACUUCGAGGCCAUCCACAAGCCUGCAGCCUUCAAGAGGCUCUACCGCAGCCGCUUGAAUGAACUGGAGGUGGACGCUGAGACCAAGGAGAGGCUGGUGGCCGAGGCCAACCUGGCCUUCAAAUUCAAUCUGGAGGUGUUUGAGGAGCUGCAGGAGAUUGGGAAAGGUAUUAAAGAGGAGGUGCAAGACAUCGGCUUCCCAGCUCAUGGUGAUAUGGGAGGAGACAUUAGCAAAUGUCCGUACUACGCUGCUAAGAUGGCGGUUAGCGGGAACGCGACGUAUGUGCGUCAGUUAGUCAAGACGCUGCUCAGUCAUACUACUGGUCAAGUGCUGCUGGCAACAUGGAUCGCUGCUGUCACCGGAUUGGCUGCUUGGUACCUCAUGUGAUUACCAUAGAGCGGUUUCGACCAACUGGAACAUAAGCCUGUAGCAAAUGCCUUAAAAGGAUCUCUCCGUUUCGACUCUGGUAGAUGAGGAGUGAAAGUGAAAACCUGCUGCCCAAUAAGAUUGGUGACCCCUGCUUUAUUAAUUAGCUCAAGUGAAGUGUGUUAGCUUAGCCCUUGGAAGGGUGAGGGACAGUGUGAACGCAGACAUCAACUUCAGAAGCAGAAUUUGCCCAGAAAUCAUUGGGAUUUGACACAUUUCCGAGUUGUUUUUAAGCUACAUCAGUAAAUUACUUCAAAAUGUUUAAUAUUUUAAAACAAUAAUAUUCGAUUUGCUGGGCUACACACCGAUCAGGUAUAACAUUAUGACUCGUUUCUACACUCAUUGUCCAUUUUAUCAGCUCCACUUACUAUAUAGGUGCACUUUGUAGUUCUACAGUUACAGACUGUAGUCCAUCUGUUUCUCUGAUACUUUGUUAGCCCCCUUUUACCCUGUUCUUCAGUGGUCAGGACCCCCGUGGACCCUCACAGAGCAGGUACUAUUUGGGUGGUGGAUCAUUCUCAGCACUGCAGUAACACUGACGUGGUGGUGGUGUGUUAGUGUGUGUUGUGCUGGUACGAGUGGAUCAGACACAGCAGUGCAGCUGGAGUGUGUAACUUAAGUGUGUAGCCAAGGGUGAGGGCAUUCCAGUGUAAAAUAUGGUGGUCACUGUUACCUCCUCUUCUUCUGCCAUGAGUAGCAACGUAGGUGUGAUUCACUUUCGAGUGGCCAGUCUAAGUUUGUGAGGGCAUUUUUUAAAAAAGUAUUAAAAAGGUCCCAAGUUUUUACGGAAGUCUGGAGAGGCCAUGAACUGUUGCUGUCAUUUUCUGGAUUGUUACCUUGAGAUAACAAGUUAAUUAUCUUGUGAUUUCAAGAUAACAACUUUAUCUUGAGGUCACAAGAUAAUUAACUCGUUAUAUCAAGACAACAACUUUAUCUUGAACUAACAAAAUCGUUAACAACAAAUUUGUUAUCUUGAAAGCACAAAAUAGUUAACUUGUUAUCUCAAGAGAACAAGACAGUUAACUUGUUAUCUUAACAGGAUAAUUUUUUUAUCCCAAGAUAACAAGAUAACUCAUUAUCUCAAGAUAACUUUAUCUUGAGAUCACAAGAUAAUUAACUUGUUAACUCAAGACAACUUGAAAUAACAAGAUAAUUAACUCAUUAUCUCACAAUAAUUUUAUUAUCUUGAGUUAGUUAUCUUUUUAUCUAAAGAACACAUGACAGUUAACUUAUCUUAAAAAGAUAAUGUUAUCUCAAGGUAACAACUUUUGUUAUCUUGAGAUAACAAGAUAAUUAACUUGUUACUUUAAGAUAACUAUCUUGAUAACAAGAUAAUUAACUCAUUAUCUCAAGAUAACAAAUUUGAUAUCUUGAGAUCGCCCGACAAUUAACUCGUUUUCUCAAGACAACAACUCUAUUUUGAAAUAACAAGAUAAUUAACUUAUCUCGCAACAAUUUUAUCUUGGGGGCAUAAGAUAGUUAACUUGUAAUCUUAGCAAGAUAACUUGUUAUCUCAAGAUUACAACUUCUGUUGUCUAAAGAUAACAAGAUAGUUAACUUGUUACCUCAACAUAACUUAAUCUUGAGAUCACAAGAUAAUUAGCUCAUUCUCUCAAGGCAACAACUAUAUUUUGAAAAAGCAAAAUAAUUAUCUCACAACAACAACUUUGUUAUCUUGAGAGCACAAGUUAGUUAACUCAUUAUCUCAAGAUAACAAUUCAGAAAACUGUAACUACCUCAUAGCCUCUCUGGACUUUUGCACAAGUUUCGUUUCAGCAAAUGUGCGUGUGGUGCGAUGUGGGAGAAGAGUGUAUAGAAGGAAAAGGGAGAAACGGUCAGAGGGAGGCUGUUUAGCUGUAACACCGCAGGAUGGACUGAAUGCUGUAAGUCCAAAAAGAAGCCACCAGAUGGCUCUUCGCUCUCCUCUUCACACAGGCUUUGUAAUUCCAGGCGCUAAUUUUACACAAGAAAGGAAAUAAUAUGAAACAGGGUUAUCUGGUUCUGUCCCGGACGGUGGGCGUGACCGUCUUCUCUUUCAGAAACUGAGCUUUGUGUUGUUCAAAACUAUAUAGUAGCUGUUCUGUCUGCACUCUACGUGCUGCACACCACAGCUCCUGUGUCUACUCCUGCUGUGUUGGGUACUUUUCUGCUAUAAUGUCAUAUUUAUACGCAGGUUUGCACAAAAUAUUCAAUGCAAUUAAUCUCUGUGUUAAACUGCGUAAAGAGUGUAUCUCAUUCUUUAUUUGUGGUUACUACAGCUGAGCUAACCAUAAGUCAAUGGUUACCCAAGCUAAGCUAACAUAAGCCUGGAAUUCCUGUGUUGGGCUGGAAAACUCAUUUUCUCAAGAUUACAACUUCCGUUAUCUAAAGAUAACAAGAUAACUUGUUACCUCAAGAUAACAACUUUAUCUAGAGAUCACAAGAUACUUAACUCAUUAUAUCAAGACACAACUUUAUCUUGAACUAACAAGAUAACUUAUCUCACAACAAAUUUAUAUUGAAAGCACAAAAUAGCUAACUUGUUAUCUCAAGAGAACAAGAAAGUUAAUGUAUCUUGACAAGAUAACUGCUUAUAUCAAGAUAACAACUUUUGAUAUCCCGAGAUAACAAAAUAAUUAACUCUUUGUCUCGCAACAACUUUAUCUUGAGAGCACAAGAUAGUUAACUAGAGAACAAGGCAGUUAUGUUAUCUUCACAAGAUAACUUUUGUCAUCCCAAGAUAACAAGAUAACUUGUUAUCUCAAGAUAACAAUUUUUUCUUGAUCACAAGAUAAUUAACUUAUCUCAAGACAACUUGAAAUAACAAGAUAACUCAUUAUCUCACAACAACUUUAUCUUAAGAGCACAAGAUAGUUAACUUGUUAUCUCAAAAGAAUGAGUUAACAUGUUAUCUUUACAAGAUAACAUAUUUUGUCAUCCCAAGAUAACAACUUUUGUUAUCCUAAGAUAAUAAGAUAAUUAACUUAUCUCAAGAUAACAACUUUAUCUUGAGGUCACAAGAUAAUUAACUUCUCAAGACAACUUGAAAUAACAAGAUAAUUAACUCAUUAUCUCACAACUUUACCUUAAGGGCACAAGAUAGUUAAUUUGUUAUCUCAAGAGAACAAGAGUUAACAUGUUAUCUUCACAAGAUAACAACUUUUGUCAUCCCAAGAUAACAAGAUAAUUAACUUAUUAUCUCAAGAUAACUACUUUAUCUUGAGAUCACAAAAUAAUUAACUUGUUAUCUCAAGACAACUUGAAAUAACAAGAUAAUUAACUCAUUAUCUCACAGCAGCUUUAUCUUGAGAGCACAAGAUAGUCAUCAUUUUCUCCCAAUAUUGUUGGCAAACAUGCGUAUCCCUCAAAUUCAGUGGAGAGUUUUGUGACCAGUAAAAGGUGAGGUUUUGUCAACCGUCAACCUCCUGGCCCAGUUUAAUAGCCUUGUUACCUGAGACGUCUCUCUGAAUACAACCAAACCAAUUAGACGAGCUGAGUAAUUUACAGAUUAGCUGGAAGCUGAAGCUUUUUUGCUUGUUCCUUAAUUAAAUUAGUACAAUUUCAUUCUUACCUCGAAAGUAGGUAAUGAACCAAGACGUUUUUUGUCAGAGGUGUGCUUCUCUCCUCAUCUUGAAGCUUCGUUUUUUUUUUCAGAUUUCCCAAUUUUCUCCCCAAUUUUGUGACCAAUUCCAUCCCCUAGUGAGGUUGCCCCCAACAGACGAUGCUACCAAGCGUAAAAGCGAACACGCUCUAAGACACACAUAAAAAGCACCACCUAAUUGUUUUAAACUGCUGCUAAUACAACAUCAUUGGAUUCAACACGCUUGGAGGAGAGCACUAACUGCCAAUUCUGUAACAUUAGCUAACAGGCGCCUGCAUUGGCUAGCAUCUAGAGGACUCUGGGGAGAGGUUGGCAUGAAGGGGUGGCAAUACAACAUUUUAUUGUUUUCGUGAUUGUAUGCUUUUCUGAGCAUGUCGUGGAUAUCGUCUGUACCUAAAGAACACUGAGUAACUUAAUUAGCCUUGUUUAAAUGGAUUAUGUGCAGUGCAUUAUGUAAAAUAUUAAAUAAAAAAAUCAUUGUACUUAAGAGUU